AUGACAACCCCCAAUGCCCUGAGACUGGAAUUGGCGACUCCAGAGGAUAUCCCAGCUAUGGUAGAUCUCUGGUUCGAGGCGUUCAAAGACCCUGACAUGCAACGAUUGUGGCCUGGUACUCUAGGGGUGCGCAAGUGGUGGCAUGAUGCCAACUAUCACGAUAUUAUUAAUAAACCAUUGGCACGCUAUGUCAAAGUGGUUGACCCUGAUACACUGGAUACCCAAGGUCGGCCCCGUAUAGCAGCUUAUGCUAAAUGGGACACGGCCAUGCCUGAGGAGCGAGGUCGUCGAUAUCCGCCUUGGCACGACGAUAUGCCGGGUGAAGAGUGCCAGGCUUUCUUCCAGAGAGAAGAAGACGAGAGAAAGAGGGUUAUGGGCGACUAUAAGCAUUACUACCUCGACACACUUGCUACACACCCUGACUACCAACGACGAGGGGCCGGAUCCAUGCUUAUGAAAUGGGGAUGUGACCUUGCAGAUAAGGAUGGAGUUGGGGCUUAUGUGGAUGCGAGUAAAGCUGGUGCGCCGUUGUAUGAGAGGUUUGGUUUUGUCGACGAGAGUGAGCCUGAUGCUGGUGAGGUUGCCUCAAUGGCUCGAAGGCAGCGUGAGUGA